AUGUUAUACGGACUUGUCUUGGAUAGUGCUCGUGAUGGAAUUAUUUUUCAAUACGGAUCAAAUGUUUGGAAACGUGUGAUACAUGAAUUGAAGUUACCAUCGGAUACGUUCGAUUUAUUUACGCAUUACAACGACCAGCUACUAUUAAACAUUAGUGAAUGUUUAGUCGACAUUUUGCGUGAAGGAACGCGUGACACAUAUUUACAUUUUUUCGGUCAAGAUUUUUUUCGUUACUUCGCUAAAUUGGACUAUGAUAAAGUUUUUCGAGUCGCUGGACGAACAUUACGCGAUUUUUUGUUUGUUAUUGAUCAAUUACAUGAUUCCAAUCGAUUCACGUUUCCACAUAUGCGACAUCCUUUAUUUCACGUCACAGAAGAGGAUCAUACUGGUGUCACGUUAGAAUACAAAAGUAUUCGACGUGGAUUUACCCAUUAUGCGAUGGGAAGUUUAACGGGCAUAGCAAAGAGAUUUUUUCACGAAGAUGGUAUGCGAUUGUAUAUACGUGAUGAUUUGUCCACUAAUGAAUACACUCAUGUUGUUUUGUGGCUUCAGUUUGAUAACAGGUCACAUCAACCAGAAAAUUUGAUUAGUUCGCGAAGUUUGCCAGAUGUGACGUGCGCAACGUUUUUCAAAAUAUCUCCGUUUUCAAUUCUUAUGGAUUCUUGUUUUAUUAUUCGGUAUUUGGGUGAUAAUAUCAAAAAAGUCUUUCCAACGGAUACAAUUCUCAUGGGAAGGCCGUUGAAUGAAGUUUUUCGACUUAUUCGACCUAAUAUUCACGUCGAAUGGGACAAAAUCCUUUCCUAUGGUCGACACAUUGUCUUUCUCAUGGACAAUCGCCUGCCACUACGUGUGGGAUCGACAGGAAAGAUUCGACUUAAAGGUCAAAUGAAAUACAUACAGAACAAGAACAUGUUGUGGUUUCUGUGUCAUCCAGUAUUAGGAAGUGCUGAUGAUAUGAUAUCAGCUGGUUUGCAUCUAACUGACCUAAGUUUGUUCGACAACACCAGUGAGCUAUUAGUAACAAAUAUGCGUCGAUCGAAAGAAGUCGAGGAAGCUUUCGAAAGACAAAAAGUAUGUCUAUCUCAACUCGAACAAGCGAAAAGUGAAUUAUCAAAAUAUCAUAGACAAAAUCAAAAUAUCCUAUCCACAAUCAUGCCAAAGCAUAUCUCUUUAAUGAUCCAAUCUGGUAUUCCAGUGUGUAGUCUUUGCGAAUCGUAUCCACUUGUGACCAUCAUGUUCACUUAUAUAAUGGAUCUCAAAAUGUCGACUGCUUAUCUCAAACCGAUCGAAAUUCUCGAAGUAUUGAAUACAAUCAUCAACAUUGUCGAUAGUAUCACUGAUAGAUUUGAUGUUUUAAAAGUCAAAACCAAAAUGGAUGCGAGUUAUAUGUUCGUUGCUGGUCUACAUGAUCGAUCGAAUGUUAUCCUAGAUAGUUUAGAAAUGUCCAGGAAUUUGUUUCUGCUGACAAGUGACGACGAUGCAAAUGAGAAAAAUCCAUCUGGAUUCAAUCCAACAGAGAUUAUCGCUUAUCUCUCAUUAGAAAUUUUACAUGCGAGUAAACAUCUUAUCAAUCCGAUGACACGAAAACCGUUCGGAAUUAAAAUAGGAUUUCAUGUGGGUCCAGCGAUUGGUGGAGUUGUUGGUGAUCCAAAACAACAAUAUUGUCUAUUCGGCGAUGCAGUUACAAUCGCAAGAGAAAUGAUGAACACGGGAGAAAUCGAUCGAAUACAUAUGAGUCAUGCGGCGUAUCAGCAGUUGGUAGCAAAUCGACGUUUUGUUAUUGAUCACCGCGGAGAGACACAUUUCAAAGGUAGAAAUGGAAGUGAAACGUAUUGGCUGACAAGUGUAAAUCAUUCAUUUUUCACGACUUCAAUCAAUAGGACAAAAAAUCUAUCAAGAUGUCCGUUCAGUGGUCAGCUAUUGUAA